AUGAUAGUGAAGCUACGCUUUCCAGUUAGUUCCGGUCGGUGCUUUACGACAAGAAGAUUACAGGAUAUCGUUCAGAUGGUCAUGGUUAGAGUGAAUUUACAAACUGUAGUGAUCUUCAUUUGCCUAGCGUGUGUUCUAGCGCACUCUCCUCCAGUAGUGAUAGACAAGCGCGUAGUACUAUCGUCCGUGUACGAUGCGAUCAAGGAAAACAGCAUCGGUCCUCCGAGCAGCGCGCAUACCGUUGGGGAAGAUUCGCGAAACAAACGAAACGUGCGAUACUACACUUACGACGAUCCGCAAAACGAUGAUUUAUAUCCUGGGUAUGGUGAAAUUGUCCACCCGCCACAAUCAGGGCCUGUGCAAAAACAGUGCAAACCUGAAUCAUCCUCGGUGCAAUCGAUCAGCAUAUCUGACCACAGCUGGACUGGUAUCGGCACGUCGAUCAUUCACCUGCUCAAGUAUCUGAUCGCUGGGCUAGCCGUGCUGACGCUUCCCGUGCUCUUACUGCAAGCCUUCAUUAUACCGUUGAAGAUUCUAAUGGGAUUAAAAUCGGUCGCCGUGGCUAAUACGCUCGUUCUCGGGACGUUCCUGUGGAAAUAUCUCAAUCGACGUCGUUUACGGGACGACGAGGAUGACGAUGAUGAUGAUGAUGGUGGCGGUGGUGGUGGCGAUCAGCAGCAGCUGCCAGGUUCGGGAACAAUGGAUGCUGGUGCUGGUGGCGGGUUUAACGGGAACGAUAAUCGGUUCUUUCCCUUCCGGGCGGAGGAUUUCGAGAAUAUGACCGAGGAGGAGAUUAAAACAGCGCUAAAGCUACUGCUUAAACGAAAUAAACGUUGGUGA